AUGGAUUCCCGCUACUUUGCCGUCCAAAGGAGGGCCUUGGAAAUUGUGGGAUUCGAUCCGAGUACGCGGCAGCUAAAGCUAAAGCAUCCCAUUUGGGCUGGGAUCUUGGUCCUGUCCCUGAUCUCCCACAACUGGCCCAUGGCCGUGUACGCCCUGCAGGAUCUCACGGACUUGACCCGGUUAACGGAUAACUUUGCCGUGGUGAUGCAGGGUUCACUGAGCACCUUCAAGUUCCUGGCCUUUGUGGUGAAGCGACGAAGGAUUGGCUCCUUGAUCCACAGAUUGCAUCAACUGAAUGAGGAAGGGAGCAGGAGUAGUGUCCGCGGCAAGGAGCGCAUCCUGGAGGAGAACCAACUGGAUAGGUAUGUCUCCACAGCCUUUAGGAAUGCCGCCUACGGAGUGAUUGUGGCCUCAAUCAUAGCACCCAUGCUGAUUGGUCUAUUGGGUUAUAUGCGCUUGGGUGUCUUCACACCGACCACGCCCAUGGAGUUCAAUUUCUGGCUGGACGAGAAGAGAGCCAUCUUCUACUGGCCCAUCUACUUUUGGGGCGUUUUGGGUGUGGCAGCUGCCGCCUGGCUGGCCAUAGCCACGGACACACUCUUCUCCUGGCUAAUACACAACGUGGUGGCACAGUUCCAGCUGCUCGAGUUGGAACUCUCGAAGGAGCAGAGGGAUGACCAAGAGGAGCUUCAUCUAGUGAAGUGCAUCAAUCGCCAUCGCUUGGCCCUUGAACUGGCCGAAGAACUCAGCUCCAUUUUCGCCGAGAUUGUCUUUGUGAAAUAUAUGCUCAGUUACCUGCAGCUCUGCAUGUUGGCCUUCCGCUUCAGCCGGAGUGGCUGGAGUCCCCAGGUGCCCUUCAGGGCCACCUUUCUGGUGGCCGUCUUCAUCCAACUCAGCUCAUAUUGCUAUGGCGGAGAGUAUCUGAAGCAGCAGAGUUUGGCCACAUCGGAAGCGGUCUAUGCUCACAGUAAUUGGCCAGAAAUGAAGCCUCAAAGGCGACGACUUUGGCAAAUGAUUAUGAUGAGAGCCCAGCGACCAGCCAAGAUAUUUGGUUAUAUGUUCAAUGUGGAUUUGCCAUUGCUACUAUGGGUCACCAGAACAGCGGGCUCCUUUUUGGCCUUGCUAAGGACUUUUGCUUCUUAG